GCCCCCUGCUUGUGUGCGGCCAGUAGCGGAAGUUCCGUUCCGUCGAGAACUGGGACAGCAAGCGCAUCUUCUACAGUGUAUGUGUGGCAACAACAUGUCUGUGCCGCUGCUCACCGAGGCUGUGACGGUGUCUGCCAAGGAGAAGGAGACUGCAGUGGUGAUCUUCCUUCAUGGACUGGGAGACACAGGGCAUGGAUGGGCGGAAACUCUGAUGGAGAUUCAGCCGUCUCAUGUCAAGUUCAUCUGCCCCCACGCGCCCUCAAUCCCCGUUACUCUCAACAUGAAGGCGAUGAUGCCCGCUUGGUUUGACCUCAUGGGCCUCAAACCCGACAUCCCAGAGGACGAGUCUGGAAUCAAGAGGGCAGCGGACAACAUCAAGGCGAUAAUCGAACAUGAGGCCAAAAAUGGGAUUCCCCCGCACCGCAUCAUUCUCGGUGGCUUCUCUCAGGGUGGGGCUUUGUCCUUGUAUACCGCCUUGACCUGUCAGCAUCAGUUGGCUGGUGUUGUGGCCCUCAGCUGCUGGUUACCACUUCACAGGAGUUUCCCAUCGGCGUCAAGCGGCAACAAGAACAUCCCGAUCCUGCAGUGCCACGGCGAGAAUGACUGCAUGAUCCCGCCGCACUUUGGUGUCAUGACACACGAGAAACUCAGAUUGAUAGUCAACCCCGAUCUGGUCAACUUCAAAACGUAUCCAGACCUCUCUCACAGCUCCUGUCCUCAGGAGAUGGUGGCUGUACGGGAAUUUAUCGACAAGUAUUUGCCCCGAAUCUGACCUCACCUCAUCUCAUCCCAUCCCCCACUGUGACCCUCUGAGACACUGACCUCUCACCCCUGAUCUGCCGCUCUCCCACAGGAAACAGCCAUGAGCACCCCAACAACCCCAUCUUCUACACACGUCGACAACACACACACACACACACACACACACACACACACACACACACACACACACACACACACAUAAUCAAGAUAAUUUGAUCCACACCGCUUUAACCUGCAGAUUCGAUCAAACAAACACACAGAUCUGAUUUUAAAAUAAACAUACCCAAGUGCUCGCACUCACAAGUCUUAGCCUCUCAGAGGGAGAGACGCUGACUCACACAAACAACAUUCCCUUUGCUUUGAGUUUACUUCUGUGUGUCACCUCUCCACUUGUUCCCAAUGUUGCUUCCCUUUCUUUGAGCCGUUUUACUCUCCAUUACUUUGUUUCCCUUUUUUCAUUGCUCUGUCAUAAGCGAGAGAUUUUGGUGGAAACCGAAGAGUAAAAUUGAGUCGAUUAGGGAUGCACCAAUCUGGCUUUUUCUUUUUUUUUUUUUUACUCUCUUAAUUGAUUCCUCUGGAUUUGGGUAUCAACAAAUUCAAAAUGUACUCCUUACAUUAUGACUAUUAAAUGGGGGAAGUUGGUUAGUCAGUGGGUUUUGUUGUAUUUAGCAGUGUGAGGCCGUUAUUCAGAGAGGAUAGGUAUUGAUCAUGUUGGCAGUGUGAGCAUUAAAAACCUCCAAACAAAUGACACUUUUGGCUUUCUUCUUCCUUUAACCAAAAUGGACAAUAUUAAAGCAGCAUGAUACACGAUGAUUAUGUCCUUAACAUGGAGUAGAUACCCCCAUGUUAGACUCAAUUUACACAAUACCCAAUUGAAGUAGGUAUGGGACAGAUUGUGCAUCCCUACUAUCACUGCAGUCAGACUGGAUCUCACUUCAUGUCCGUCAGGGCAGGAAUUAUUUGCUUAUUUGGCUCAAAUUGACCGACUUCCUUUAGUUUGCACGGAUUGAAAUGUGAUUGAUAAAAUCCUGAGACUCUCCGGAGUGCAGACACUUACAGAAAAAUGCUGAAAUUGAUCAUUCUGGAAAUAUUGGAUUUUUUUAGUGUCUGAGGCGACCGACAGUAACGUUGUGUAAUGUUUUGAUAAAAGGCUGCGUCAUUUACAACUUGACAAAGGGCAUCCUGGGAGCUAAGCUACAUCCUGCAGUUUAUAUAUCCAUUUAAGCCGAAGCAAUUUCCUGUCUCCUGCAUCAUCCGAUUUCUCUGGGUGAAAUUCAGUCCGACUGUGACUCCACUCAGAGCCGGCCUCUCUUGUAGUGAGUGCUGGUUUCUCACCAAACUCUUCCACCUCGCUGUAACAUCCCCCUGCAGGGGCCAUGCAUCAGCAGCUUAACCUUUGAACGUCCCCUUUUUUUUUUUUCUAACAAACAAAAAGGAGGCCCUACAUUACUGUUUAACUUCAAGUGUGAUGAAGCAUCUUGGAAAAUAUGAAAUUAAAUCCAAUUGAAAUAAAAGAAAACUAACCAAUUGA